AUGGCCAAAUCUUCUCCGGUUCUAUCCAGCUCGGUUUUGCGCCUCUUGCUUGCUGCAGUGCUGGCGCUAGCGCUAGCACUGGCUCCGGCGCGGGGCAUCCCGUUCACGGAGGAGGACCUGGCGUCAGAGGAGAGCCUGCGCGGCCUGUACGGUCGCUGGCAGAGACACUACAUGGUGGCACGGGCAGGUCUCAAGGAAGACGAUAACGCCCGCCGGUUCAACGUGUUCAAGGAGAACGUGCGGUACAUCCACGAGGCGAACAAGAAGGACCGGCCGUUCAGGCUUGCCCUGAACAAGUUCGCCGACACGGCAACCGAAGAGUUCCGGCGGACGUACGCUGGCUCCAGGGUGCGACACUACCGUGCCCUCAGCGGAGGCCGCCGCGCCGGGGGGAGCUUCAUGUACGCUGACGCCGGCAACCUGGCGGCGGCGGUGGACUGGCGUCAGCGGGGCGCGGUCACCGGCAUCAAGGACCAGGGCCAAUGCGGGAGCUGCUGGGCGUUCUCGACGGUCGCGGCGGUGGAGGGCAUCAACAAGAUCAGGACAGGGAAGCUGGUGUCGCUGUCGGAGCAGGAGCUCGUGGACUGUGACGACGGCGACAACCAAGGAUGCAACGGCGGGCUGAUGGACUAUGCGUUCCAGUACAUCAUCACGAACGGAGGGAUCACUACCGAGUCCAACUACCCCUAUCUUGCCGAGCAGAGGGGGUGUAAAAGGGAAAAGGAACGCUCCCAUGACGUGACAAUAGAUGGCUACGAGGAUGUCCCUGCUAACAAUGAAGAUGCUUUACAGAAAGCCGUUGCAAACCAGCCAGUGGCUGUUGCAAUCGACGCUGGCGGCCAAGAUUUCCAGUUCUACUCAGAGGGUGUCUUCACUGGAAGUUGUGGCACGGACCUUGACCAUGGAGUUGCCGCUGUUGGGUAUGGUACAACUCGAGAUGGCACUAAAUAUUGGAUCGUGAAGAACUCAUGGGGCGAGGACUGGGGUGAGAGGGGCUACAUCAGAAUGCAACGUGGGGUGUCAGACUCCAAUGGGCUGUGUGGCAUCGCCAUGCAGCCAUCUUACCCGACUAAGUCUGCAUAG